GGCGGAGGAGCAGGUAGACCUGGAGUGGUUUGACCCAGAAUGCUUCUUUGCAGUCCUGCUCAGACAGUCUCUGUCAGUGACAACAAAACUCAGCCAGACCAAGGAAGAGCUCAAACUCCUCUGGCUCAGACUCGUGAGUGAAGCCCGUUCUCUGCGGCAGCUGUGGGGGGCUGAGCGUCGCACCCCGGCCUCUGCGGGCCAGCGUCUGGGGAGUCCCCCGAGGGAGCUGCAACAGGGAAGUGCCCCCGCUGGAUGCUGCUGCGCUGAGCCGCCUGUCCCAGGCUGUGCUGCAGGAGGGCCACCGCCUGAAGGCCUGGGGCGUCCUGGGUUCCGGCACUGGGGCGGAGCUGCUGCGGCCAGCAGCCUCAGCAGACUCUAGGCGGGGGCACCCCGGACAUCAGCGUGAAUCCCGUCACCAAGCUGAUGGUCCCCGGCCCCAACUGUGCAAUGCUUCCAGCCAGUGGCCAUGCAGGAUCUGUACCCCCUGGCUACUUCAUCCACCCCGACACUGGGAAGGUGCUGCCUGAGGCUGGAAAUCUGGGGUACGAUCUGCAGGGAGCUACCCUGGUGCCCACCACUGACUUCAGUUCCGGCGGCAUCCGAACGUCAGAAGCUGCCGUCCUCCCCUAUGUGCCCUACCCAACCUGCCCUGCCACAGGCUCCCCUCCUGCCGCCCACCUGCCCAUCCUGCAGCCGAGACGGACGUCACAGCUGGGGGUGCUCAUGACAGACCCCCACAACCGGCAUCGAGGUGCCUGUGCUGGCUGUGACUCUUCAUCCUCAAACCAGGCAGUGGCUCACUCUUGGGGGCACAUACUGCAAUCCUCUCACCAAGACCUUGGCCCCCCUCGAGUUGGGGGGCCCCAUGGAGGACCCAGUCACGGGAAGCAUCUCGCCAAUCCUGGGAGUCGGGUUGGAUGAAAACACAGGUCAGUGCUUGCCCUGGGGGGGCUGCGAGACGCCUCGGGGAGCCUUAUGCUGCCUGGUGACUGCUUCGAGGAGCCUCUGAGCGGGAAGACAGUCUGGCUGCAGGGAGCUUCUCGGCGGGAGGGCCAGACAGUGCCCCACAUGGGAGGAUCACAGGCCCUGCUGGACGCCAACGUGUUGGUGGCCCAGAGACGAGUGGUUGCCAUGCUCCAGAGCUACCGGGAGAGGCCGGGGUCGAGGACACUGGGGCUUCUGGAGGCUGCCAUCAAGGACAUGAGACAGGCACUGGGCUUGAGUCUGCACCAUGUCCUGCAGCAGGCUCAGAGACUGGGGCGGCAGCUGGGGACAGCAGAGGCCAUCAUGGCCAGCGACAGGAGGAUAGGGAUGAUGUGCUAUCCUGGGACAGAGCUGUGGGUUCCGGUCCUAUACGGGAUGGAGAUCCCAGACCCUGAGGGCUCAGGGCUCAUGGUGCCCAUCCUGGGCAUGGAGACUGAUGGGAAUUCAGGUGAUGCCACACCCCUGGCAGGUUCAAUGGAAGAUGCUGAUGGUAAAGGUCUUAUCCCAAUCUCAAUUGGGGCUCAGGCCAUAGACCCCUUCACCGGGGAACCUGGUCCUGUCAUUGGUGCUCAGACAGACCCUUCUACAGGACUGGUGGUGCCCAUCGUCCAAGAGCUGGAGGCCCUGCCUCGGGGAGUGAGAGACUCUGGUCUGCUGGACACCCUGGAGAAGGAGCUGAGAGCCCAGGAGCAGUACUGGCGGCGCCAGGAGCAGGAGGAGCUGCGUCUAGCCGAACGCCUGGGGCAGCUGAGUGUCGAGCUGCUCUCCGCUCCAGGCAAAGAUGCCCAGCGGCAGCUGGGGGCUGCUGAGGAGGCCCGGGCAGCGCUGGAGGCCAGGCGCCUGCAGGAGACUGAGAGGCGAGCCAGGGCCCUGAGCACCCAGCGCGGGCCGGAGCGGGGCCUGCUCUCUCAAGCAGACAGAGAGGAGUGGGAGCAGGAGGCACAGAUGAUGCUAGGCGCGCAGAACGUCCUGCAGACUUUAGCACAGACAGCAGAGAAGCUCAGGCAGGCGGGCGGCCGGCUGCGGGGCCAGGAGCAAAAGACGUGGCUACAGCAGCAUCAGAGUCCGAGCCCGCACGUCUGGAACCGUCCCUGGAAGGUGGCUGAGCAUCUCUCUGAGGAGUGUCAGGAGGUGGUAAGGCAGAGACAGAACUUUCUGGAUAGGGCCCUCGGCCUCCUGCAGUACCAGCGGGAGCUGAGCCGCCUCCACCUCUUUCACACCCAGAUCGUUGCCUCAGGCUCCCCUGCAUGUUUGGAGAAUUACCCUGGAGACAGAUUCUAUGGAAUGAUCACCCCUUCUCUCAGGGACCCGGCUGCUGCUUGCCCGCUCCUGAUCCCCUUCCUGAAGAGCAUCACUGCAGUGCUAGAGGGAGCUCAAGGCCGUGGCCCAGGCCUGGAGGAUCAGGGGCCAGCAACAGAUGCAGAUAAAGCUGACAUCAUGUGGACCUCACCACUCCUUUCUACCCUGAAGAAAGUAGACAUCUGGUCCCAAGCUCGCAAGGAGGAAGCUGAACUGCAGGGACAGAUGCAUCACCAGCUAGCCCCCAAAAGCUCUUUGCAGGAUGUCCCAAAACCUCAGAUAAUGCAGAAGGAAAUGCUUAUCACUGUGCAACCCACAGACCUUUCUGCCAGGGAGUUUGUGGUUUACCAGUAUGGCCUCUCUGUCCUGCACCUCCUCAUCCCCCAGCUGCAUGCUCCUGAAAUCACCCUGCAGAUUGCCUCUCAUCUUCCAGCGAUGGAUGCCUCAGAGAAUGCCUUCCAAGGCUCCUUCUUCUAUCAGAGCACUGGAAACACACUGUUUGUUGGGAGAGAGUCUCUGGCGUCUGUGGGAAGUUUCAUUCUGCUGCUGAUCCAUUGCUUGGCCCACGUCGCCACUGAGGACUUCCGCCAGGACACAAACCCUGCCUUUCUGAGGUCAUUUUACAAGGGCCUGCAGGCUUAUUUCGGGGAAGCAUUCUCUACCACACUGCGAAUGUCCGCUGUCUCCUGGGACAGUAAGCUUGACCAAAGCAUGAGCGCUGCUCUGUUAGACAAGCAGCCCAUCUCUGAAAGAGGAAGAGAUCUGCUCUCUACGCUCCUUGAAAGGAAGUGUGAGUCUCACUUGGAGCCAGAGUCAUCAGAAGAGUACAUUAAGAGAAACACGGAUCUUCUCCUCUUCACCAAUAUGGAACAUUUUCUAAAAUCCCUCCUCACUGCAGAACAACCGAUCCCAAGAAAACCAAGAAAACAGCGUGGAGACGAAGAGAAGAGUGGUGACCUUGCAUGCCAAGAUCAAGAUUAACAACUAGCACCCGGGAGAAACAACUGAACACUGACUUCAGCCUGGGCCCCAGUCCACUUUAUGUAAUGUUAUCACCCAGGUCUGGGCUGGAAACUACCUUUAAAACUUUAUUAAAAUACAACACAGCUUUUAAAAGCACACAUAUCAUAAAUGCACUCCCCAUGAUUCGUCCAAAGUGAACGUUUCCAUGUAAGCAACAUCAAGAAAGACAACGUUACCAGCUUCCCAGACGCCCCCCAUGUCCCGUCCCUCCAGUCGUCAGCCUCCCGAGAAUAACCACUGACCUGACUUCAGACAUCAUGAGCUGUUUCUGUGUAUUCACAAACUCCACAUGAAUAGAAUCACGCAUUUUUAAUUACUUUUUUUUUUUUUUGCUUUUGCUCAGCAUCCUUUGUGAGGUGUGCCCAUAUUGUCGCAUGUAGUUGUGAUUUGCUGAUGGUCUUUGCUAUAAAACAUUCCAUUGUGUGGAAAUACCCACAUGCAUUCUUUCACUACUGAUGUGCCGGUGGGUAUUUUCCAGUUUGGGGUUCUUACGAGUAGCCUUGUGCACCUUUUGGUCACUGUAUGUGACUGCACCCGACAGGCAUUACCUAGAACUGGAAAUUCUGGGUCUUAAGGGCUGGGCAUUUCCCUCCUUAGCAGAUAGUACCAACGGGACUUCCAAAGUGGUUUAUGCAUAUGGACUGCCGCCGGAAGUGGGUAAGCGUUCUCUGGUCACUCUCUGCUUUUAUCAACAUUUAGUAUGUUCCAUCUUUUUUAUUUUGUGCACUCUUCUGGGUACAUGGUUUUAACUUGCACUUUCCUGAUGGCCCUGAAACUGGGCACCAUCCAUACAUUUGUACACCAUUUCGGUGUCUUCUCUUGAGAAGUGCCUGUCAAGUGUUUUGCCCAUUUUCCACUGGGUUCCCUAUUUAAUUGCUUUGUAGGAAUUCUUUAUUCUGUAACUAUUUUUCCUCAUUUGUGGAUUGUUUUUUCAUGAAAAUAACUACAUGUAAUAUUUCUUUUUCUGCUUUAUUUUUUGAACUAGAAAGAAAAUGGUGAUCGUAUUUCAGUCUGUAUGUUUAAAAGAUGUUAAAUGUGGAAAUAUGAUACCUAAUAAGGUUAAUAAGAGAAUUUUUUAAAUUCUGUAACAUUGAUGUGCCCAUCACAUAAAUGUAUACUCUCACCUCGGGUGCGUAUGUAACAUAACAGGCGUUAAUAUUUGGCACAGAGGAUAACAUGCAUGCAAUAGGGCUAAAAAAUGAUUAGACCACUCA